AUGAAGAUCAUUUAUUUAAUAUAUAUUUUUAUAUACAUUUCGUGUAAUUCGGUAAAUUUAAUACAAAGUCGUAAUUGUUCAUCGUUAAAACCGUGUCAAACACCUGAAAUAUGUUCAAGAGUAAGAUGUGCAUUGCUUUUAUGCAAACCAGGUACAAUAGCAAAGACGUUGCCUUGUAACUGUUGCCCUGAGUGUGUCCCAGACGGCAACGAACAGCCUCAGUGUGCAGCAGUACAAUAUACUAGACCCAAAUGUCAGCCAUGGCAGAAGCUUGUUGUACCUCCUGGUCAAUGUUGUCCAAUAUGCGAACCUAGCGAAUGCCAAAAACCUGAAUUAUGUCCAAGGAUCUUAUGUCUCAGACCUCUUUGUAAAAAAGGUGAAGUAGCAAAAAAAUUUCCAUGCAAUUGUUGUCCAGUCUGUGUUCCAGAGGAUUGCCUAACUCCUAGUGAUUGCAAUUUAUACGACUGUGCAUAUCCAAAAGAAUGCCCUCAUGGCCAGGUAUCAAAAAUUUUGCCUUGCAAAUGUUGCCCUGAAUGUGUACCAGAUGGCAACGAACAGCCUCAAUGUGCAGCAGUUCAAUGUACUAGACCCGAAUGUCAGCCAGAGCAGAAUCUUGUCGUACCUCCUGGUCAAUGUUGUCCAAUAUGUGAGCCUAGGGAAUGCCAAACACCAGAAAUAUGUUCAACAGUAAGAUGCACAUUUCCUGUAUGUAAACCAGGUACGAUAGCUAAGACGUUGCCUUGCAAAUGUUGCCCUGAAUGCGUUCCAGAUGAUAACGAACAGCCUCAGUGCGCAGCAGUACAAUGUACUAGACCAGAAUGUCAGCCAUGGCAAAAUCUUGUCGUACCUCCUGGUCAAUGUUGUCCAAUAUGUGAGCCUAGCGAAUGCCAAAAACCAGAAUUAUGUCCAAGAAUCUUAUGUCCCAGACCUCUUUGUAAAAAACGUGAAGUAGCAAAAAAAUUUCCAUGUAACUGUUGUCCAGUCUGCGUUCCAGAGGAUUGCUUAACUCCCAGUGACUGCGAAUUAGUUGACUGCGUAACUCCAAAAGAAUGCCCUCAUGGUCAGGUAUUAAAAACUUUGCCUUGCAAAUGUUGCCCUGAAUGUGUCCCAGAUGGCAACGAACAGCCUCAAUGCGCAGCAGUUCAAUGUACUAGACCCGAAUGUCAGCCAGGGCAGACUCUUGUCGUACCUCCUGGUCAAUGUUGUCCAAUAUGUGAGCCUAGAGAAUGCCAAACACCAGAAAUAUGUUCAAAAGUAAGAUGCGCAUUGCCUGUAUGUGAACCAGGUACGAUAGCUAUGACGUUGCCUUGCAAAUGUUGCCCUGAAUGCGUUCCAGAUGAUAACGAACAGCCUCAAUGUACAGCAGUUCAAUGUACUAGACCAGAAUGUCAGCCAUGGCAAAAUCUUGUCGUACCUCCUGGUCAAUGUUGUCCUAUAUGUGAGCCUAGCCAAUGCCAAAAACCGGAAUUAUGUCCAAGGAUCUUAUGUCCCAGACCUCUUUGUAAAAAAGGUGAAGUAGCAAAAAAAAUUCCAUGCAACUGUUGUCCAGUUUGCGUUUCAGAGGAUUGCCAAACUCCCAGUGACUGCGAAUUAGUUGACUGCGCAAUUCCGAAAGAAUGCCCUUAUGGUCAGGUAUCAAAAACUUUGCCUUGCAAAUGUUGCCCUGAAUGUGUCCCAGAUGGCAACGAAUGGCCUCAAUGCGCAGCAGUUCAAUGUACUAGACCCGAAUGUCAGCCAGGGCAGAAUCUUGUCGUACCUCCUGGUCAAUGUUGUCCAAUAUGUGAGCCUAGGGAAUGCCAAACACCAGAAAUAUGUUCAACAGUAAGAUGCGCAUUGCCUAUAUGUAAACCAGGUAUGAUAGCGAAGACGUUGCCUUGCAAAUGUUGCCCUGAAUGUGUCCUAGAUGAUAAUUGUAAGAAACUGGAAAAUUGCACAGAAGUAUUUUGUGUGAAACCAAAAUGUAAGCCUUGGCAAAAGGUGGUCACUCCUACAUGUGAAUGUUGUCCAAGAUGUGAACCAACUGAAUGUCAUGAAUCUGUUUGUCAUAAAGGAGAGAUAGCAAAAAUACUUCCAGGUAAUAAUUGCCCGAGUUGCGAGUCUGAUUAUUGUGAGACACCUGAAGAUUGUAUGUUAGUGCGUUGCGCAAUGCCGAUGUGUGCAAAAGGAUUAGUAGCUAAAAAACUACCUUGUAAAUGUUGUUACCAAUGUGUACCUAAGAACUGUUUAGGUGAAGAAGAAUGUGCUCAAGUUUUCUGCAUUAAACCAGUUUGUAAACCUUGGGAGAUUCUCAUAACUCCUAGGUGUAAAUGCUGUCCAAUCUGUAUGCCGCUACCAAAUAAAAACGGUCUUUAG